UAUUAAAUAAAAUAAAAUAAAAUAAAAUAAAAUAAAAAACACAACAGCUGAGAUUGUAUGGAGCUGUAUCACUACAAUCUUUGCAUGUACCUGGAUAGUAGUACACCCAAAUGUACCUGCAUUAAAUGAAUCAGAAGGAAGACUAUAUUGGCAUCACAUAAAAAUCAUGGCUGUUGCACUUAUUGCACCAGAAUUCAUAAUCAUAUGGGCUGCAAAACAACUAUUCUCUGCUUGACAUGUUGUAGAUACAUUGCAUACAUUACCCUCUUGUAAUGGGUGGACUCUCACCCAUGGCAUGUUCCUUAUCAUGGGUAGGUUCAUGCUAACUGAUCAUUUUGGAAAUUGUCUUGGUGUCAUACAAGAGUAUAAUCUAGUCAGACUUAAUCUUGGCCAUAUUUCUGACUCUGAAAUCAUGGACAAAAGAAAAGGAGAUGCACUGGCAAAGACCCUUGGGUUGGUCCAAACAACAUGGUUUAUGGCCCAAGUCAUCUCACAAGCAGUAAUGCAUCUUCCUGUCACUGAACUGGAGUUAACUACUGUUGCCUUUGCAUUCCUUAAUCUCUUGACAUAUGCAUUAUGGUGGAAAAAACCACUAGAUGUCCAA